UGCGGACAUUCAGUAAACUAAAUCCCUUCAGCGUCGAUUGCGUCGAACACGAUGGCCUCGUCCGAAGACGGUGCAACGCUGUCUCUGGUUUACGAUUUUCUGCUCAACUCGACGGACAAAACGUUCGCGCAGAUCUUCCAGAAGAAAACCUCGGCGAAACCACUAGUGUCCAAAGCUCCUAAAUUGAAGGAUGUGGUUAAACAUUAUCUGACAUCGUCGCCACUGAAAGAGAAGUUGCUUGCCUCUUUAGAAAAGUCAGACGAUGACGAAGAAUCUGAAGAGAGUGAGGAGGAGCCAACGAAGAAGCCUGUAGCAAACGGCCUGCCUCCGAAAAAGGUUCCUGCCAAGAAGGAGAGCUCCAGCGAGGAGGAUUCCUCGGAGGACGAAGCGCCCAAGAAGGCCAACUUGGCCAAGGCGAUUGCGGCCAAGGCGCCUGUGGUCACUCAGAAGGCUGUCAAAGCAGCGCCCAAGAAGGUCAAAAGUUCCAAAGGCAAAGAUGACUCGGAUGAGGAGGUCGUGGUCAAGGCCAAGCCUCUGGCCAAGGUUGCCCCCACAGCCCCCAAGUCUGCUAAAAAGGACAGUUCGGACGAUUCCUCGGACGAUGAAGAGUCUUCAGACGACGAGAAGCCUCCAAAAAAGCUUCCGGUGAAGGCUGCGGCCCCUGUGGCCAAAAAGGCUGAGAGCACCAGUGACGAGGAUUCAGACGAAGAAGAGGAAGUUGUCAAGAAACUUCCUGCCAAACCAGCCCCAGCAAAGCUUGCUGCCAAGAAGAAGGAGAGUUCUUUGGAAGAGUCUAAAGCAGCUGCAAAGAAACCUCCAGCAAAAACGCCACCUGCCAAGAAGGCACCUUUGGCCAAAAAGGAGAGUUCAAGCGAUGAGGAUUCCUCUGAGGAAGAAGAAAAGCCUGCAGUUAAAACGGCCUCUCCUGUAAAGAAAGUAGUUCCUGCCAAGAAGGAGAGCUCCAGUGAGGAGUCUUCUUCGGAUGAGGAAGAAAAACUAGCAAAGCCAAUAAUCUCUCCUAUAAAAAAGAUUGUCCCUACAAAGACAGUUGCCCCUGUCAAGAAGGUUGCCCCUGCAAAAAAGGAGAGUUCCAGCGAUGACGAAUCCUCGGAGGAUGAAACGCCUGUGGCACCAAAACCAGCUGCCUCUCCUGUGAAAAAGGUUGUCCCUGCUAAGAAGGAGAGUUCCAGCGAAGAAGAGUCUUCGGAAGACGAAAAUCCUGUUGUUAAAAAAUCAGCAGUUCCGGCAAAACCAGUGGCACCUGCCAAAAAGGCUCCAGCAAAGAAGGAAAGUUCCAGUGAGGAGUCUUCGGACGAGGAUGAACCUCCGGCAAAGAAGGCAGCCCCUGUUCCCAAAGUGGCUGCAAAGAAGGAAAGUUCGAGUGAAGAGGAAUCUUCGGAAGACGAGGCUCCGAAAAAGGUUGCCACUCCUGCACAACCUGUGAAAGCGCCGCCCAAGAAGAAGGAAAGCUCAAGUGAGGAGGAAUCCUCAGAGGAAGAGAAGGCGCCGCCCAAGAAGGUUGCACCUACUGCUAAGGUGGCUCCCAAGCCUGCAGCCAAAAAGGAGACUUCCUCAGAAGAGGAAUCUUCCGACGACGAACCGGCCAGCAAGGUUGCGGCAGUGGUUGCCAAAAAGGCGCCGGUCCCUGCUAAAAAGGCUGAAAGCUCCAGCGAAGAGGAUAGUUCAGAUGAGGAUGAAACGCCAGCUGUGAAAUUACCACCUAAAUUAGGAAGAACCGCUGCCAAACAAAAUGGAUCAAAAAAAGAAUCUUCUUCGUCAGGAGAAUCAUCUGAUGAAAGUGAAGAAGUUGUGACAAAACCAAAACCAGUAGUAGGAACCAAAAGAAAGAUGCAGGAAGAAGAGGCACCUCCAAAGAAGAAAUUGGCUGUUGACUCUCCAAUGACUGGGAAACCCAAAGCAGCGGAGGCUAAAACCAAAAAGGGUGCCAACGUCCCCUUCAAGAGGGUGCAAGAAGCAGAAAUUGCGGUAGACCCGAGGCUGGCAGACAACUCGUUCGACGCCAAGAGAGGCGCGCGCGGGUCUUGGGGCGAAAAGGCCAACAAGGACCUCAGAUGCACCAAGGGCAAGUCCUUCCGCGCUGAGAAGACCAAGAAGAAGCGCGGCAGCUACCGCGGCGGCAUGAUCGACAUGACUGUCAACUCCAUAAAGUUCGAUUGAGCAAUGUGACCAGAGAAACUUAUUAAACUUUGUUUAAAGUUUACGCUAAAAUCAGCUAAAAUGUAUUCUAAUUUUUGAUAUUAUGUUAAGUGCAGAAAUAAAUAUGCAAUCACUCCUGAGUUAAAUCU